GUUAUGUUGUGGACAUGCACAUUGGAACUUGCAGCUGCAAGAGAGGGCAAAAUGGCUCUCCAUGUGCCCAUCAGGCAGAAGUUGUGUCCAAAUACAAAAUAGAUAGUGUUAACUGCUUUCCGUCACUAAAUGCAUCAGCUAGGCACCGAAUUGCUAAAUUGGCAAUAGGCGAAAAAGCCAAAUCUGAUAUAAAUUUCUACGCUUCUCUUCAUCAAGAAACGUACGACAAUGCUGAUAAUGACUCAAAUCUGUCCGACUCACAUGAUUUAACCAGAUUAAGGGCAAAAUUUCUGCUACAUACAGACGAUCAGGACACCAAUCUAAAGUGCAAUGACCUAAAUGAAGACUCGGACGUCCAAUCUACAACAAACUCAUUGGCAUCAGCAUCUCAAGAACUCAAAUCCAAACUCAGAGCAAUUACAACUGAUAUGAUUGAAAAAUUAGAUUCUGAAGAUCAGCAGUUCAGAGAUGGUGUGCAAAAAUUUGUCAUGCGAUAUGAAAGUCUUCAAGGCCCCAGAUCUAUUGCCCGACUGUCUAGCGCACUACAUCAGUUUGGAUGGAUAUUUGGCGGUCAUUCCAUACGUCGCCAUGGUGUCUUCAUUCAAAGAGGGAAACGAAUUCCAGUGCAAGCAACCUCAGCUGGAAGACGGAAGUAUGGAUCCAAGAGCAAAAAAAAAAACAGCAGGACGUCCCAUAAGUUCUAUGCUCGUCAAGUCCAAAGAAAAUGUUACAAAAAGCCGCUAUGUAAUUCCACUAAGAAAGCCCAAUCAAAAUCAAGGCAAAAGGCCUCACUCUUUGAAAUUAAGUAUACAGAAAGGCUGCCAAAAUGCUGGGAAGUGGUAACAAUAGUCAUAACAGAGACAUAUAAAAUAACGAUGUAGACAAUUGAACAGCAGGUCAACCUAAGAUGAUUUAGUUGAUAAAUAUUUGACAUAGCCAGCAGUACUGUUACAUUAUCAUUGAUGUUGCCAUCUAUCACUUUGUUUUUAAUUCUUGCAGUUAUGUAAACACUGUAUUUCUGAAACAAGAUGUGUGUGCCGCUACAUUUCUCAACGUGUGAUUAUGGAUAACCAUCAGUUAGUUGCAGAUUUUUUUGCACUGAACCAGAAGCUCUUCUGUAUUCUCCCCAAAGUGUAAUAAGCUAUGCCCUUGUAUAUACUGUCUGCUACAUACAGUCUGCUAUAAAAUGUAUUAUGUCAUUUGCUCAGUUCAGAAUAAGUGUACAAUACCAUCUAAAUAGUUUUUUGUGAAAUGAGUAAGUUAUUAGAAAAUGUGUCACCAGUAUAUUCUCUGCACCUAGAUACAUGCAUUUCCUGCACAUUUAAUAUUUAAUUGCUCAUUCUAGUUGUUGCAAAUGCAACUAUUAGAACUGUUCAUAAAGUGCAGCACAAAGAAACAGAUGGAUUUACUCUUGUAUAACCAGUUAUCCCAAAGGUAUAAUUACAUACAUACAUACAUACAUACAUACAUACAUACAUAUUUUUUUGUUACAAGGGCCCUUAGGGCCUAGGUUACUGCAGAUGCUAAGUACUUGCCAUGAUACUUUCUAUGAUACUACCAUACAAUCGAAACACUAUCAGUAGUCACUUUCUAUACGUCACUUCUUCUUUGCUGCUUGGACAGAUUGAUUAGACAGAUUGACAUACUGAGGCAAUUGUAUGUUAGUUCCUUGCUCAAGGAAACUUAUGUAUGUGGCCCUUCCGCAUUUGAACUCUGACCCAAAGGUCCCGGAUGUUGCCAAUCUCCAAUU